AUGCAGCGAAUUAACGCGAUCGAUGAGGCGCCGGCGGACCCAUCUUACAGGGACCUGUGCUCGCUGGAGACUCUCAGAUCCGGAAAGAACGGAUUCUUCCGAGAAUUCAGCGAAAACGUGACGCGAGUCGCCGGAGAGCGGUGGAUCUGCCAGGUUUUCGGGCGGCUGACCAGCGACGAGCAAAGGAUUCGAGCCAUCUUCACCGAUGCCAAGGUGAAGGACACGGUGUUGGAAACGUUAAACCGAACGGAGAUUCUGUACCGCGGCAAAGACGCCAACGUGUCCAGAGCGAGGAGGCUCGAGGGAUUCGAGGCCGCGGCCGCGGCCCAACGACGGAAAGCUCUGUUGCUCUUCGGUCAGGCCGUUCUUCGCGCUCCCCUUCCAGGAAAAUGCCGCACGGUCGAUCGAGGUCUCGGACUACCGCUCGCGUUCCUAGCCAGAGCCGAAACGUUUCUUGCCUGCAACGAGCACGAGCUCGCCCUUCGUGAUUUAAGUUUCGUCGAGGAAAUGGACGGCGAUCUGCCCAACGAGUUACGAGCGUCGUUUGCUCGGACGAAGAAGGCGUGCGAGACGUUCGUGCGAGCGAACGAAAAGAAGCUGUUGCCCGCGAGAGCACCGUCGCGAGAUAAAGCUGCGGCCCGAUCGGCCAGCGACGAGAAUCCGCGGUUGCCGGGCGCCUCCACCCUGCUCGACAUCGAGGAGACGGAGAACGCGGGCAAACGAGCGAUCGCCGCCAAACCGAUCGAACCGGGGGACAGGUUGGUCGUGGAGGCGCCGUACGCCGCUACUCUGCUCCCGGAAUUCUUCGGUACGCAUUGUCAACAUUGUUUCUCGAGAUUCGUAGCACCGAUAGGAUGUCCGGACUGCAGCAGCGUCGCCUUCUGCGGCAGAAAGUGCAGAGACGCCGCGAUGGCCAGCUAUCAUAAAUACGAGUGCAAAAUUCUCGCUCUACUGAUAGGUUCGGGUAUGAGCGUUUUGAGCAUGCUCGCUCUGCGAAUGGCCACUCAGAGCGGACCGACCGGCUGCAUCGAGAUUUGCCGCGCGUUAGAUUCCAACGAGAAGGAACAGGUCGCACGACCGUGCACGCAAGCACAGGCGAAACUUAGCAAAUCGGCGAAACGUCGUUCGAGAAGGAAGAAAUUGCGUGAUUCGAGACGCGAGCAGCCCGUGGAGAAAGUCCCUCGUGAAACAGAGCGAGAGAAACUCGUCGAAGGAGACGCGAUCGAUCUGCGGGUGUACGAUCUCGUUACGCACGAGAAACACAGAACGGCUAAGGAUUUUUUCGAGAGAUCGCUGAUGGCAGCGUUUCUUCUCAAGUGUUUGCAGAGAGUCGGCUUUUUCGAGACAGUGACGAGGGACGGAGAGACGCCCAACGAUCGAGAAAUCGCGGUAGCCGGCCUGCUGCUGAAACAUCUUCAACUGCUGCAGUUCAACGCUCACGAGGUGUUUGAGACGCGACUCGGAAAUGAACAUCGGUUUCGCGGUAGCAGACCCCUUUACAUCGGGGUGGCCAUCUAUCCGACCGUUGCACGCUUCAAUCACGACUGUUAUCCCGCGGUGACCAGAUACUUCGUCGGUCGAUCUAUCGUGAUUCGGGCGAUUCGCAGUCUCCGACCAGGAGACACGGUGGCUGAAAACUACGGGCCGAUUUUCACCAAACGAAGCCUGGAGGAUCGACGGAGAACUCUCGCCGCCAGAUACUGGUUUCGUUGCGAGUGUACCGCUUGCCGCGAAGAUUGGCCACGCUUCGAGACUUUGACCAACGAUAUGGUCAGACUGAGGUGUCCGACCGAGGGAUGCUCCAAGCUACACUCGCGUCCCCGAGAUCCCAGCAGAUCCAUCGAAUGUUCGUCCUGUCGACGAAGAAUCAACCUGCGAGAAUCGCUGGACCGGGUGCGCGAGUGCGAGCACCUGUACGCCGAGGGAUUCGCCGCGAUGGAAGAGGAACAACCCGAGAGAGCGUCGAAGGCGUUCUUCGAGGCAGCGAGCAAAUUUCACAGAGUGGCUGUACCCCCUCACAAGGACACGCACCUGGCCGAAAUCGCAGCCAGUGCCUGUAUGGCGGACGAAGGCAACGUCUAUCGGCCCGAUUCCUUCCCGAUUGCUUUCCGUGAAUGAAUCACCGGAGCCAACCGAUUCCGAAACCAACAGGAAAUCGAGCGACCGUCGUAUACUCGUUCCAGGCAGCUUUCUCUCGUCUCGAAGAUCGUUCGAAUAAAAAUAUAAAAAACGUUAAGGAGCGCAGCAGCUUCUUUCGCUGAAAUCGCACGCGAAAGGAUCGGGGAAAAGGGAGAAGAAAGUAAGCUCGAUGCAAACGUAAGAAACUUCACCUUCGGUUCGUGAGUUUUGCGAUUUUUUUGGCAUUUAUUUUUUAUAAUGCACAUGUUUCGUGAAAAAAUUAAAUUCCGUAUAUGAAAGUAGCUUUUCAAAGUUUCGCAUUUCGGUACAAAAUUCACUGGGGGUUCGAGGAAAUGAGAAUAUGAAAGAUGCGGAUCGGAAACCGGAUAAGGAAAGGGUAAGGGUAAGGGUAAGGGUAAGGAUAGGUGUAAGGAUAAGGACAAGGGUAUAGGUGAAAGCGAAGACAGGGAUAAUGGGGAAGGUAAAGACGAAGGUAAGGGGGCAAGGACGAGGAGAGCAGGAUGGAUCGCCGGGGUGGUUUCGAUCGAGCGGCGACACGUUGGACGCGCGCGGCAAACGCGGCGCAUCCGUGUCGCGACCGGCAAGAUUUACGUCUCCUCCUUUACGUGUAAUUAGAUGACUACCCUUUCUUCUUCGAGACACGGGAGCGUUCCCUCGAUUCUCCCCUUUCUUACGCUCCUCUCUUUUUUCAUCAUCCGUUCCGUCCCGCACGAUCCGGGACGACUCUCUCAUCAUUGAGAUCGCUCCUCGCGAAAAGCUGAAUUAAAACUAAUUGACUGUCGCAGCGAGUGGUACGCGAAUCGUGACGCGCGAUCUUCUCGUUCUCGUUCCUCGUCGAGAAACGAGCGCGAUUUCAGACACGCGCCGCGCUAGGGGGAACGAUACGAGAGUAUCGAGAGCGCAGAGUACGAUUUCUACUCGACGCAUUUCCACAGGCCUUCGAAACGCGAACGCGCCGACGUUACAAUUCGUAUCACAGGGAUCACCGUUCGCGACCGUGCGCGUUCCGUGCUCGCCGUUCACUUCGAACGCGGUCCAAGUUCGACGUUACGUUGCCUGCUAGCAUACUGGUCCGCGCACGACUCCUCUUUUUUCUCUUUGCUUCUAUUUCUUUUUUAAUUCCGAUAUUCACUUCCAACACAUGCAUCGUUCUUUUUUCCGCAUACAAUUACAACGUUCUGCGUCUAGGAGUCGUUUACCUUAUUUUCUUUCACGCUCUUCGUCUCCUCUUCCUCGUCGCUAGCUCGCGUCCCGCGGCAACACAUCCUUCUGUAUGGAUCGCGUACAAAAAAACGCGAAACGUCAAGCAGCGCGCAUUCGACGACGAAUCGACGACGAAUCGACGACGAACCGACGCACUGCUAUCUUCCCUGUUCCCGCUUUCAUUUCAAUCGACCGCGGAGGAACACGAGGAUCAGCAGUUGUUAUUCCUCAUUUUACGCUAUAUUUGUACGCAUGCACGCACACACACUCUCCACUCUGUCUUCACCUCGUCGCUCUUUUCUCCCGAUCGUGUUUCACCGUUCAAGGCUCUAUUGCAAAAAGCACUCGAGGUGACUAACGCACUAAAGCCUUUUUACCGAAGAUCGCAAAAUAGCCUUACGAUAGGACGAUAGCGACCAUAAAGAUUAUGAUGACGACACAGACACAGAUUGAGACAGAGACAAAAAAAACUAAAAAGAUAUCUUGUUCCCUUGAAAUGAAAUAAAAUCUGACGCAACGAAUUUGCGCGCUCAACUUCGAAGCGUUUGGAAAGAAAAUUGUACAUUUUAUUUUCCGACGAUAGAACUACAAACUAAAAUUUAAAAAAUUGUUCCGUUUUCAUGCAAAAGUGUAUAAAUCUUUCGUCCUCUCUUAUUCUCUCUCUCUCUCUCUCUCUCUCUCACUCUUUCUCUCUAUGUAUAUAUAUAUCUCUCUCUCUCUAUUUCGCUCUCUCUCUCUCUCUCUCUCUCUCUCUCUCGUUUUCUAUCUAUCUAUCUAUCUAUCUAUCUAUCUAUCUAUCUCUCUCUCUCACUAUCUCACUUGUUCGCGCAUUCACUCGCUUGCUCGCUCGCUCAUUUACUCACUGACAAACCGCAGGUUUGCAUUGUCAAUCGAGAGGAAAUUUCCGAUAUCUUCGAGGAUCGAUACGUUCGAGCAACGACGGCAAUGUUCUUCCACCAUGAUCGAACGUUAUCGGCUCGUUACACCGAAAA